UUAUUUGACUAUCCCUACUGAACAAUCACCAACAUAUUCAAUUAACACCGAAGCCGAGCAAGAAAAAUCGAACUCUCCCGAACAUGAUCGAACGACUGAAGAUCCUAAUCCGCCUCCACCUCCUUCAAGUUCACAACCACCACCACCUCCUGAAGAUGCUGGUCAUCAAUCCCCACUACCAUCAACUUCCAAAUAA